UCGUGCACUUCCGGUGUCACCGGAAGUAGCCGAGCUAAACUCGCCAUUUUAUGAGAUGCAUAAAGAAACAGGCAGGCCAUGCUGAAAUAGAGCCUUGUUUCAUGGUGUAAAUGUGUUUCUAGGUGCGUUUGGAGGUUUAGUAAAAUAGUUGCGUGUUUGUAAUUCGAUAAUGUCUGCAGAAGUCGCUCCAGAUCAGGCUGCGGAGUAUAUUCCCGAAAAGGUGAAGAAGGCAGAGAAGAAGUUGGAAGAAAACCCAUAUGACCUGGACGCAUGGAGCAUACUGAUUCGAGAAGCACAGAACCAACCUAUAGAUAAAGCAAGGAAGACGUAUGAGAGACUUAUCACGCAGUUCCCCAGUUCGGGCAGAUUCUGGAAGCUAUACAUUGAAGCUGAGAUCAAGGCUAAAAACUAUGACAAGGUUGAAAAGUUGUUUCAGAGAUGCCUCAUGAAGGUCCUGCACAUUGACCUGUGGAAAUGCUACCUUUCAUACGUCCGAGAAACAAAAGGAAAGCUGCCUAGCUACAAGGAAAAGAUGGCUCAGGCAUAUGAUUUUGCCCUGGACAAAAUCGGAAUGGAGAUCAUGUCAUACCAGAUUUGGGUGGACUAUAUCAACUUUCUCAAAGGAGUUGAGGCGGUGGGCUCGUAUGCAGAGAACCAGCGGAUCACAGCAGUGCGACGAGUAUAUCAGAGAGGCUGUGUCAAUCCCAUGAUCAACAUCGAACAGCUGUGGAGAGAUUACAGCAAAUAUGAGGAGGGCAUUAAUAUUCACUUGGCCAAAAAGAUGAUUGAAGAUCGGAGCAGAGACUACAUGAAUGCUCGGAGGGUCGCCAAGGAGUAUGAAACGGUGAUGAAGGGUCUGGACCGAAACGCACCUUCUGUGCCCCCGCAAAACUCUCCUCAGGAGGCCCAGCAGGUAGAGAUGUGGAAGAAGUACAUUCAGUGGGAGAAAAGCAAUCCGCUUCGCACAGAAGACCAAACGCUUAUCACUAAACGAGUGAUGUUCGCCUACGAGCAGUGCCUUUUAGUGCUCGGACAUCAUCCUGACAUCUGGUAUGAAGCUGCCCAGUAUCUGGAACAGUCCAGCAAGCUGCUGGCAGAAAAAGGGGACAUGAACAACGCCAAGCUGUUCAGCGACGAGGCUGCUAACAUUUACGAGCGCGCCAUUUCAACUCUACUGAAGAAAAACAUGCUGCUGUAUUUCUCUUUCGCUGAUUAUGAGGAGAGUCGUAUGAAAUACGAAAAAGUGCACAGCAUAUACAACCGCCUCUUGGCCAUAGAGGACAUCGACCCAACCUUGGUUUAUAUUCAGUACAUGAAGUUCGCCAGAAGAGCAGAAGGAAUCAAGUCUGGUCGUGCCAUCUUUAAGAAGGCCAGAGAGGACGUCAGGACGCGACAUCAUGUUUACGUUACAGCCGCUCUCAUGGAGUACUACUGCAGCAAGGACAAAUCAGUGGCUUUUAAGAUCUUUGAGCUUGGUCUAAAGAAAUACGGAGACAUCCCUGAGUAUAUACUGGCGUACAUUGAUUACCUCUCUCACCUCAAUGAGGACAACAACACAAGAGUACUGUUUGAGAGGGUUCUCACUUCUGGAAGUCUUUCUCCUGAAAAAUCAGGGGAGAUCUGGGCACGCUUUCUGGCAUUUGAGAGUAACAUUGGAGACCUGGCCAGUAUCCUGAAGGUGGAGCGCAGGCGCUUCCUGGCUUUUAAGGAGGAAUACGAGGGCAAGGAAACGGCUCUGUUGGUGGACAGGUACAAGUUCAUGGAUCUGUACCCCUGCUCCACCAGCGAGCUCAAAGCUCUUGGGUACAAGGACGUGUCCCGGGCCAAAUACGCUGCUCUGAUCCCAGAGGCUGUUGUUGCCCCUUCUGCCCCAACGCUGAAGGAUGAUGGAGACCGUAAGCCAGAGUAUCCCAAACCAGACACCAACCAGAUGAUCCCCUUCCAGCCUCGACACCUUGCCCCCCCUGGCCUGCACCCUGUUCCAGGAGGAGUGUUUCCUGUGCCCCCUGCUGCUGUGAUCCUCAUGAAGCUGCUGCCUCCUCCAAACUGUUUCACGGGUCCAUUCGUCCAGGUGGAUGAGCUGAUGGAGACGUUCAGAAGAUGCACACUGCCAGAGACUGUAGAAGCUGCAGUGGAGUUAAUCACAGGCAGCCGCGGCGAUGUUCCCGGAGAGGGAAACGGGCCCAUCGAAAACCAUGCGCUAACUAACAAAUCACUGAAGAGGCCCAACGCUGACUCAGACGAGGAGGAGGAGAAAGGAGCCAUCGCUCCCCCGGUCAACGACAUCUACCGCGCAAGGCAGCAGAAGCGCAUCCGAUGAGUCCCGAACGAACAUCGAUGCUCAUUAUGGACUCUUAUAACUGUUCCCUGUCCCUCCAGUGAUGGCUUCUUAGCUUCCCCCUCCAUGGAUGGUUUUUACUGUGAGGGUGUGUAAACACACACACACACACACACACACAUUCGUCCUGUGUGUUGCGAACUGGAACGUGUCACCUACAGUUGACCUCUUUUUCCAAAGCAGAGGUUUUUGACUCAUUUGUGAUUGACUCUUCAGAUCAUUUGAGUCUCAUCUUCAUUCUCAAUUUUUUUUCUGUGUUUUUGAAAGGUUUUUUUUGUUUUGUUUUUUUUAACAGUUUUAUUUUUAAAACUGAGUGGCUUAAUUGUACAAAAUUUUAUUCUGGAUGUUGGUUGAUACAUAGUUCAGAGCUUGCCAUGUGUAGUCCAGUGAAAACACCACAAACAUUGUUUUGUAGUCGAAUGGAAAUUUCACUUCACUUCCAAUAAAACAAAGUAAAGAAA